AUGUUAUUCUCACUACUCUUCCUCACCUCCAUCCUAGCAUUUCCCCUGGAUAUGAGUCUUUCGGACAGAUCACUCGUUAAAAGAUACACAAACGUUCAAAUCGUUUCACAACGUAAUGGUCUUUGUCUAGCUGUAUCUUCUCCACCAACAGUUGGGAAAGUGGUCAAUACUAUCUCUUGUGAUGAAGAAGGUUGGGAAACUAGAUGGGAUAUACAACCUGGUUCUACUCACGUUUUGUUAAGUGGGACAGAAUGGGCUUUGGAAGAAGGAGGUAGUGGGAAUCAUAUGAAUGGGAACGAUUUACAAAUUUACGGAGAAGUAGAUACAGUAGGACAAAAAUGGUUUUUGACUGAUGAUAAUCGUAUCGCUAUUGAAAAUUCCGGUUAUUGUAUGGAUGAAGGUGAUAAUGGACCACAAACAUGGGAAUGUGUUACGGGUAAUACCAAUCAAGGUGAAUAA